GUGAGUCCUGAGCGCUGUUAAGCCUCAUCAGAAGCUACAUAUUCUUAACGAGGAACCAUGUCAGACCUGAAAGUAUCCUCUUCGAGCUCUUCUUCCCGUGGUACCAAACGUAAAGUCUCUCUACUUGACUCUCCUUCCUCUUCCUCUCGACAUACUUCUGCAUCCCAUUCCACCCCUACCGUUUCUACCAAAACUUCAUCUCGUCCAGUUCGUUCAUCUACUCCCCACUCUGAUAUUCUGACAAUGACCAACGCUGGCUCCAUCUUCGCUCGAUAUCUACAAUCUUUCCGUCUUCCCCCACAAGCCAUAAGACCUACUUACACUUUUUCCAAGAUCGAAGUCCACUUUCCACCCCCUCCAAUCAAGAAAGUCGCAGAGGGUCAAGAUGACGAAGAUCCCUCACCACCUGUCAGGACUGAAAGCUGGCUUCAUUGUACUGUCGAAUUACCCGAAGCGUGUGGGGGAUCAAUGAAAAUGACUAGUAAACCUCACCCUGGUCCAAAGCCUGCCAAGCGGGCAGCUGUCCUUGAACUUGUCCAACAGCUCAUCGAUGAAGGAAAGAUUGAUUUAGAAACGAUAUCUCGGAAACUUGUGGUCUCGGAAUCAAACAUAAAUCCAGGUCUCUCCGAAGAACCCCAGGAAGCUAUUCCGGGAAAUAAGGAAUCGAACUCGGUGGAUGACGAGAAUGGGGGAACGAACAAACACCGAGGUGUAACAUGCAACGAAAGGUGGAAAGCCAUGAAAGCGAGCUUAGGGGACGCAAUCCCUCCCAAAUCUGGAAUGUCAGCAUUUGGUGUCCUCGGCAUGGCACAAUAUCCCUAUCACUCCUUCGCCAAGUUUUGGGAAGACAAUCCACCUUUCACUCCUGACAAUCUACACGUCACCAUCAUCCACCCUCGGACCGUGGGUGACCCCGAGAAGGAUAUUUUUUGUCGGCCACUCUGUCUGCUCACCACACGACCGCUUCCGCUGUUCGAAAGAUGUCACGAAUUCGAGAUCGAAAUAGAAAGAGAACAGAAUUCAUCUCAAGGGACUCAACCGGCGAAGAUACGGUUGGCCAGGAGCGGCAAGAUUAUCGUGAAACAGGAGGAUCUCAAUGCUGUGUUCGGCUUUACUCAACGAGUAUUACGAUCCGUGCUUAAUCAAAAUAUCGCUGGCAAGCUGAAGCAAUCCAAAUGGCUACUUGCACCUCUCCAACCGACCUCCAAGAUUACUACCGGGGAAGGAGAAGCGGGUGAGAAAGAGAAGGUCACAUGUGACGAUAUCGCCUGGGAAGACAUCAGUACCAUCAAUGGAGAGCUCUACUCCCCGAUUGACUUGAGUGAUGCGUCAAAGCUUGACCAGCUAGUAGGGUCCAUCGUCUGUCAAGGCGCAGAGUUCGACAAACGUUAUCUAAUUACUGGUGUACGAACGGACCUUAUGCCUUCUUCUCCAGACACGAAGCUACCUGACAAGACGAUCUACGACGCACUCUACACAGACCGAAAGAACAAACAUCGACCGUUGAUCACUGAACCUCUUCAACCAAUACUGGAAGCCGAGGCACUCCAUUCCGCUCGUCACGGCGGAUUCUUCUCCGACAUCUACUCUCCUGUGACGUCGCUUGUAAUUCCAGAGACCAUGAAACGAUAUUGCAUACCCCCUGAUAUCUACCGAGCAGCGACCAUGAUCCCACGACUUAUGCCCUUGCUCGACAAUCAGCUUUUAGCAAGAGAAAUGAAUACCACUCUAUUUGGAUCCCUUCUACAACCCGACCUAGCUCUCGAAGCUCUAUCUUCCCCGGGUAUCAUAUCCGAUCCUCUCCAAUCAUACGAGCGAUUAGAGAUGUUAGGCGAUGCUCUUCUGCGGCUCAUCCUCACUGUCGACGUGCACAUGAAGGACACUUCGGAGAGUGAACGACAAAAGGAGCGCAGUAUCAUGCUGGCCAACAGUUCCCUUCGUGUCGCAGCUGGUCGAUGUGGUAUCGUUCCUUACAUCCGGUCCAAGAAACCCAAUGUGAAAGAUUGGAUGCCAAUCAACUGGAAAGCAGAUCCUUCGGGUUCUCAAUCCUGUUCGUCAAAACGAAAAGAGGCCGAUACCGUCAUGCUGGGAGACAAAAGACCGGCAGACGUUUUGGAGGCCUUGAUCGGAGCGGCUUACCUUUCUCACGAUAAAUCGAUGCCUGCCGCAGUCAAAAUGCUACAUCAUCUCACUCUUCCGGUUGUUAUCGAUUCUUGGCAGACCGUCAUCGACUCGGUGAAGGUGUCAAAAUCUAGUCGACAGGCGGAGGGCUUCAUGGCCGCAUUCCAACCUAAGAUGUCGGUGUUGGGAUAUGAUUUCAAAGAUAGUAGUCGGGCCGAUCCGGUGUUUAGCAUGUCAGCCGACCGCGAGGUGAGAGCUCGUUUUUGGCGGUAUCGAUCUCUAGGUGAUGGAAUUUUAGACUUUUUGGUGAUGGAUGACAUUUGGCAUCGUUAUUCCACCUCAUUGCCCGGACAAUUGACAUAUAUGCACCACUCGAGAUUGAAUGAUAGAGCUUUAGGAGCGAUCGUGAUCGAUUGCGGUCUCGCUGACCUGAUCCGAGAUGCCGACGUAACGACCAAAGAACGUAUCAAAGAUUUCAGACGCAAGAUGAAGGCGGCACAACGAAAGGUAGACCUUGGUCUUUUGGAGACGAAUAGUUCGACCAAAGAAUAUUGGUAUAAUGUACCUGCGUAUCCUACCUUGUCCGAUCAUCUGGACGCAGUAUUCGGUGCUAUCUGGGAAGACUCGGCCUAUUCGUUUGAAGCUGUCAAGAAAAUCUACGAAACAUACGUCCGACCAUUACAAGAUGAAUAUUGUGUGGGACCGACACAGCAUAGUACACAUGCGAAAGCCGCUUGGAGCUUUUAUCUUCAACAUCGGCCUUGUACCAAAUGUCAAAUUGAAGCUCGUGGGGUACAAGAUGGAGAGUAUACUUCUGCCAUCAUUUGUCAUGAUCGAGAGUUGGUUCAAGGUCAAGGCAGUACCAGAGAGAUGGCCGAUAGAAGAGCAUGUGAGAAGUUUUUAGAUCGGAUAAAAGAGGAUGAGAAAUGGUUAGACGAAUGGUGUGAUUGUCCUGCUCAACGGGCCAAAGAGAAAGAAUCGACGUACACGAUACAGGAGUAGCAUGUCUGAUCUUCUGUUUUUCCACAUUUCUCAUUCUCUAGAGUACGAAGUAUCGAUCCCUUUUACGACCUGCUCUUCUCAUUGAUGAGAUCUCUUUUCCUAGGUAGAGCACCUCAUUAUACAAUUGGACUGACUUUGUUGCAUGGACCUUUGGAUGACGAUUUCUGUCUCCAUCGGAUUCGAGGAUUGCGCUAAGACUGGUACGACGGUAUCUUGGAAAGUAGCCACGGCUAUAGAUCAGUUACUUGUACUGUAUCUCCUCCUUGGCGCUCCUCCAUCCUUCCAUUUCUCCAUGCUGAGGUAGAGACGUAUAAUUCCCGCAUGUCUCCUUUGAUUGGAUUGACCGACACAGCCAAGUUCAUCACGAUAUUGUGGAAUGUGACAGUUGAUUACCUGCUUCAUGGGCACAGUUUGGAACAUCGAAUGAGGAGGUUAGAGGGAUAGAACCUGAAGACGUACCCUCCGCCUCAACGCCCCUAGCCAGAGUAACGACUCUUUCCCAUUCUUCCCCCCUCCUAGAUCCCCAUACGUCUGCCAGCUGAGAAAAGGCUAUACUGACACUUGCGAAACCCCUAUGCAACCAACUGAUUUGAACCCAUUGUGGCGCUUCGAGUGCUGAGCGUGGAAUGAGAAACCUGAGGAUGGUGGAGAAGGGAGGAGGAAGAAGGUUGAAUAGUGGGGAGGAGUGGAGAGAUGGGGUUGGAGAGAGAAUGAGUGUGAGUUCGGAUAGUAGAAGAAUGAAGAAGAAUGUUAUACGCCACUAUAUCAUC